UUAAAAGUCAAUAACUAGAAGAAAUCAAGAAGAAAAUUACUUCAAAUCUGGUUUCUCCAAUGAAUCAUCAACUUCAAGUAUCAGAUAAAGAAGACAAAUCCUCAUCAUCAGAAGAAGAGGAAGAAGAAGAAAAAGAAAAGGAAGAGGAUUUUUUUCAAGAAAAUAUCCUCCAAAUUCAUUACCAAAACCAGCAUUUCCACCAAUUCUACCAAAAACAAACAGAUUCCCACUACGCAAAAUGGGCUAAUUUCACUUCCCCUGCUUUAGUCCCAAAGCACCAAAAUAACACACAAUGUCCAAGUUACAAAGAAGAAAUCAAGAAAGUAUCACCAAAAAAGAAGCCAAAGAGAACCAACACAGAUGUGAUAGAAGUCCACAGAAGCCGCAUUGUCCGAGCUACAGGACGAAAAGACCGGCACAGCAAGGUUUCAACAGCUAGCGGCCCGAGGGACAGGCGAGUGAGGCUCUCACCAAACACUGCAAUUCAAUUUUAUGAUGUCCAAGAUCGACUUGGCUAUGACCGUCCAAGUAAGGCGAUCGAUUGGCUAAUUAAAAAAGCUAAAGCUGCAAUUGAUGCACUUGAAAAUAAUCCCUUUCAAGUGUUUUCCAGACAGAUUGACUCGACAAAUAAAGCAUUGAAUUGGCGAACAAUAAAUGUUGAAAACGAAGAAGGCCAAUUUGCUCUUGACCAGAGUCCAAAAGUUAGUCAAGAAUAUAGUGACAUUCCAAAAUAUGAAUGUGGAGUUCAGAAUGACAGCCCAAUUGGGAAUUUGAGCUUGCUUUCAUCAGCUAAUGACCCCAAGAUUCAAUUUGUAAGUGAUUUUCAGAGAUACCAACAAGGCCAUUUUCACUCAGAUACCAAAAAGCAAGCUCAAGACAGCCUUUUCAAUUUCCAGUCAUCCCAAGAUCAGUCCAUUCUUUCUUCAAACAACAAUUUAGAGUUAAGAGAGGAUUCAACAUUCAGCUUUUUAUCACAUAACUUCCCCUCAGUUUUAGGCCAAAACCAGCUGUUUUAUCAGAGGGAAUCCCUUCAGUCCAGUGCUUUUAGUGUUCCAUUGAACACACAGUUUCAGACUGUUUCUUAUGCUAACAAUGGAUUUGUCAAUGAAGAAGAGGAACAUGGUACAUUUUCCACUCCUUCAGCCAUUAAUGCAACUACACUUCUACAUUAUCAAGAUUAGCUUUUCACCAAGUCCAUUUCCUGCAUUAUUACAUUUCUUGGAGCUGAAAUAUUUGUGAGUAAGAUGUUAUGUAUAAUUCCUAUUAUAGAAAGGAAAUAUUUCAGGGUACAUCUUAUCAGUCUCGUCAAUGCAAAGUCGUUGU